UCGAGAGAGUGCUAGCCACUCACCCAAGGCAGAGGCAGGACUCCAGCAUGUCAGAGAAGCCAAAGGAUCUAAAGGACCUCAUGCCCACAGAGAGGAAGACCAUGUGGAGGACUGAAGAGGAGAGGAAGAUGUCUGACCUCACUCGGGUGCUGGAGUGGCUAGAGAGGAGGAAGGGAAAGAAGAAGCAACCUGUCCAGAAACAGAAGGUCAUGGUGGUGGAGCCCCCAAAACCAAAGGUGAAGGGCAUGAAGAAGAUCAAGGGUAUCCUGACGCGGCAAGAAGCAAGCCCCAAGAUGAAGUUCCUGGAGCAGGCAAUAGGGCAAACCUCCAGGAGGUCCACAGCCUCCAGCAUAUUGUACCAAGCGCCUUUCGGAGCAGAGCAGAGACGCCUGAGCAUGUUCCCCAGCGUGUACGACAAGGAAGGUCCCAGAAGAACAGAGUUAGACAUCAAGGACGCAAUGGCUCUAGAGUCCACUCCACGGCCAAACACAUUCCGUCGCCAAAGCAUGUACGCAGACCCCUUGGCACAGGAUAGCGCCUUCAGCAACCGAAGAAUGACCAUGAUGAAAGACUGGCCAACCAGGAGCUCAGACAUCGCUUUUGAACGCAAGCUAAAGAGCCUCAUGGAGAAGGGUACUGAACCCAAGAUAGAAAAUGUGAAAAUGCUGAAGCCAGAGGAAGUGCUGAGCUGUCGGUAUCUGAGGCUGUCCAAGAACAACAUCAAGACCUUGUUCAAGCUGUGCAAGGAUGUGGGUCUGAACAUGGACAUCCAUCCCCACAUGACUGAAACAGAGAUAGAUGUUCAGAAAGUGUUCCCCGCAAGCCAAGAUGUGGCCCUCUGAACAGCUCCUCUCCCCAGCCACCUUCCAGCUCCUUCUGCUGUCAGACCUUGGCCACCAGAUGCUGUCCUCUG